CACCUGUUAACAUUCCCCUGGAUCAUCGCAACGCAUUUCUUGCGCUCAGUGGACUUCAAAGAGCAAGCCUCGAAACAUCAUGUUGUCACCAUCUGAUCCUUCUCUCUCUCCAUCCGAUCGUGUUGAUCAUGUCGCUUCACUUGCUGAUGCACCUUCCAUCGCCUCUGUCCUUGAAUCUACCGAUCCUGCAGUCAGAGCCUUUCUUCAAGUUGCUGUAGCCCAUCAGCAAGCUACAGAGGCAGCAGCAGCAGGUGUAUCCGCACCUUCAACUGUACCUGUUGACUUUACGAAAGCCAAUGAGAUCAAGCUACCUCUUUCUGAGCUUGCUUCAGUAUCGGAGGUGACAGCUAUGGCAUCUGAAUCGACCCCAACGACAAUACAUGUAGAUAUGAGCUCGCUCCCGCACACUGUACCCGAAGAAAUUCUCCAAAGUCUGAUUCCAACCGUAACAUCCACGCCUCUUGUUUCCGUUGCAGAACAGGCGGCAGAUCAAAUCCUGGCUACUGCUUCAUUACCUACUUCCACUCUUGUCUCGACUGCCGCCUUGACCUCAUUGCCCAUUACAGCGUCGAAUGCAGCUCACACUUCUAUUAUAACACCAGCAGUGACGUCAACGCCCAAUUCUAUUAUUGCUACAUCAACGACUUUCACCACAUCAACAGUCACCACCGCGCCAGUGUCACCAUCAGCGGUUACCACGCCUCUGCUUACUCCUACUAGUACAGUGGCAGUAAAAAUUGGCACACCAGCUAGUACUACAUCGACAGCCAGCUCUUCUACACCAGCGGUAGCAACCAGUCGUCCGUUUGUCUCCACUAAGCGCUUCAAUCCGGACGAUAUUUUCUGCUUGGGUUGCUGUCGUAAUCUAUCUGUAGAUCAUUAUACUUGUCCGAACACUAAUCGCGUCUUCAAGUCAUGUAACGCUUGUCGUCAGAAGUCCAGAAUUAACUCCAAAAAAGUCACUAAACCUGCAACAAUGCCUACAAAGCCUACUAUUUCUAUGGAAGAGUUUGGUACAAAGUUAAGGGAACUUGAGGCGUCUCAGGAAGAAACUAGUCUGGAUGUCAUGGUUCGUUUGGAAGGUUCUGUGGAAAUGGACCCGGAGACACUCAAGGCUCGUGGGGCGCAGAUUGCUGCGCAGGUCUAUGAAUCCACUGGAUACUGGUUCUCGCACUCGAGGACUAAUGACGAGACACAGUCUAAAACAAGACUCAAAAUAUACGGCUGCUCACAACGCGAAGAUCGACGUGCACCCCCUGCGCUUAAAACACAGAGUAGGAAGCGUAAUCGUCCAUCAACAAAAUCAUAUUUUCCUUGCAAGGGUAAUCUGACCAUGACAUUUUAUCAUAACAUGAACCAUGUCCGAGUCGUCUAUGGACAUAAGAGACAUGCCAAAUAUGACAAUCGAAAAUGCCCAGAUCAUGUUCGUGCGUUCGUUAAGGAGAAUUUAAGUUUGCCGCCACGCCAGCUUUUUGACACUUUAUUGGAAGCUAAUCCAGGUCUGGGUAUUACACAGGCUCAAAUACGAUAUUGGAGUCAUUACUACAAAAAGAACAUGGAUCAAGAUGGUAGUUCAGGCGAAAGUAAGAAUAAGGCUAGCAGUGCUAUUGUUGGUGAAGCUGUAGCUACACCAGAUGCAUCGAUGACGAAUGGUUCAUGCCUUGGAGAAAGCACGGAACAGAAUACUGCAAGUCACAUAACUGGACUUAUUGAGCCAACGAGUCAAGACCAGUUGCUCCAACAGCAAGCAGAUGAGGAACGAAAUCGAAAUGAACAAGUUCAUCAAAUUCUCUUGGCUUCUGAUGUCGCUGCAUUGCAAUCAUUGGCACAAUCACACCAUGUGGGUGCAAGUCUAGUUGGAGCUGAUGGCUCUAUUGCUAUUUCAGUGCCAAUGACUGACUUGGACACAUCCCCUUUGACUUCAAGUAUUGUGCAGAGAGUAUUAAGCGAGAAUGGAAAGGGAUUACUAGAUCUGCAAGCUAGUCUUCGCGCUGUAUCUGAAGCGACGGCAGCAGCUACGGCGGCAGCAUCAGGGUUACAGGCCAGUCUUCGUGCUGUAUCUCAAGCAGCAUCAGCAGCUACAACAUCAGCGUCUGCCAUAAAUGAUGUAGAAGGAGAUGCAGUUGUACAGCAAGUGAGAGCAUUCAUGAAAGAAAAUGAUCAACAGCAACAACGGCUUUUGGAACAGCAACAGCAACAGGAAAUGAAGGAGGAACAGUUGUAAAAUAAAUAUUAGGCAUAAAAACUGAG